AUGAAUCUUAUAGCUUGGAAUUGUAGAGGUGCUUUGAAGGCCUCUUUCCAGAAUCAUAUAAGGGAUCUUGUCAAUAAUCAUAAUCCUGCUAUAGUGAUUAUCAAGGAAACAAAAAUUGGUGGUGAGCGGGCUCGGGAGAUUACUGAUAGGCUCCCUUUUGAUGGAGUGAUCACUACGGACACUAUAGGAUAUGCAGGGGGUCUAUGGAUGUUGUGGGAUUCGGAUAGGGUGGAAGUAACACAUUUGUCAAGCACAGAGCAAGAAAUUCAUGCUACUGUCAAGUUGUUAGCUGGGGAUUUUAACGAACCUAUUGUUGGAGAGGAUAAGUUUGGGGGUAGGCCUAUUAGUGUGAAUAGAUCCUUGAUGCUAAAAGAGUGCCUUGACAAAUGCAGUAUGAUUGAUUUAGGAUUCACUGGGCCUCGCUUCACUUGGACAAACUGGAGAGAAGUGCAGGGUUUAAUCCAAGAGAGAAUAGACCGGUUUUUUGUUAAUCCAAGUUGGUGCCUCCUUUACCCAGAAGUGAGGGAAGAGAAAGAUUAUGGCAAGGUUAAAUGGUGUUCAGUGAGCUCUAGCAACGAGGCCAUCGAGCUCCCUGUUGGACUUGGAGAACAACCUUCUGAAGGAGUUGGAUGUGGGAUUGACAAUGCCAUAAUUGUUCAGGAACUUGUUCAUACCAUUAGCAAGAAGAAGGGGAAUGUGGGGUAUAUGGCCAUCAAAAUUGAUUUGGAAAAGGCAUACGAUAAACUGGAAUGGAGUUUUAUAAGAAGGAUGCUAAUCCGGAUUAAUCUCCCCACCAACCUUGUUGAGCUUAUCAUGAGUUGUGUGUCUUCGGUCACCACCUCGAUUCUCUUCAAUGGCAGUCCUCUUGAUCCGAUUUCGCCUUCCCGGGGAAUAAGACAAGGUGACCCCCUUUCUCCAUAUAUCUUUAUUCUUUGUGUGGAUUACCUGAGCCAGCUCAUUGAAGAGAAUUGUAAUGAAAAGAUGUGGAGUCUGGUGAAGGCAUUUAGAAGUGGGCCGGCUUUUUCGCACCUUAUGUUUGCGGAUGAUCUGGUUCUUUUUGCUAAAGCGGAUUUGUUAAAUUGUUCCAGUAUUAGAGAUGUUUUGGAUGAGUUUUGUGUGGUGUCGGGGCAAACCAUCAGUGAAUCUAAGUCUAGAGUUUAUUUUUUGCCAAAUGUGGAUCAAGAUUCUAGAGAAUCGUUGAGUGAUAUCCUUGGUUGUAUGUCUACCCCGAAUUUGGGGAAGUAUCUUGGAAUUCCCAUCAAGCAUCCAAAUUCUUCUUCUCAGGACUUCAAUUUUAUCUUGGAUAGGAUUAAAGGAAAAUUAGCGGGGUGGAAGGCUAAUCUUUUGUCGCUGGCUGGAAGGGCUGUGUUGGUUCAAACUUCGACUUCAACCAUUCCAUCUUAUGCUAUGCAAUGCUCCUAUCUUCCAGACCGGAUCUUGCAAGGAGUGGAUCGUAUAAACAGAAAUUUUCUCUGGGGUUCAAUUGACAUAGUGAAAAAGAUGCAUUGGGUCGGUUGGCACAAAGUUACUAAACCGAAAUCUGAAGGAGGUUUGGGACUGCAAGCUGCUAAGGGAAGAAAUAUUGCCUUACUUUCCAAGCUGAACUGGCGGCUUCAUACAGAGAGGGAAUCUCCAUGGGCUCGGGUGCUGAGAGCUAAAUACUGUACUGCCCAAAGAAUUCACUCUAGGAAUGUGAGAAACCUUCCUGGCUCGUGGGUUUGGUCAGCAAUGAAGAAAGGGGCGGAUACUUUCAAUAAGGGAGUCAAGUGGGUGCUCUCUGAAGGUUCAGUUCGCCAAAUGAUUCAAGGCCCCCUGUCUUUGGUGGAUCAGCAGUUAAGAAUCAAGGAUAUUUUCAAGGAUGGAAUUUGGGAUUGGGAUUGUCUUUCCUGUGGGAUCCCGCAACACAUCAAAUAUAUCAUUCAAGCCACUCCGUGUGCUCUUACUUCUACGGGUGGGGAUAGACUUGCUUGGUUUGCCUCUAACCAGGGAAAUUUUGAUCUUGGAAGUGCAUACAAAAUUGCUAUGGGGGAAUUUCAUGCUGGGGAAUUUCCAGGGAAGUGGAUUUGGAAAGCGGAUAUCCUUCUUAGAAUCAAAACUUUUGUUUGGCAGUGUUACCAUAAUAGCAUCGGGGUCAAGGAAUGUUUAGUGAGAAGGGGUAUGCUUGAUAAUGGUGUCUGCCCCCUUUGUGGUAGAAACCCUGAAACGAUUAUCCAUGCGUUGAGGGAUUGCAAGAACAUCAAACCUGUGUGGAUCCAGUUGGGAGUGCGAUGGGCUGAUAGAAGAUUUUGGUCAGAUGAUCUGCAUUAG